AGGCAGCGGCGUCAUUCGGCCGUCAGUCCUAGCCCAGACCAGCCGCACCAAGACAGGCUCGACACGCUCGGGAGUGCCACCACGGUAGCCUGAGUUCAGACACUAACAACCCAGUCCUGUGUCCCCGAGUCCAAGCUCCUUGUUCUCUGUGUCGGCCAGUGUUGCAUCCAAGUUGCCUGCCACGUCCCAAGAACUUGCAGGAAAGCUCAGCACAGACUAAAGCCUGUCUAGUGGUUCCCCUACUUCUGUCGUACAGAAAGUUUUCGUCCAACUAAUACCCUGUGUGUGUUUAAUCUCCCAAAUCAUUAACACUAUUUUGUCAAUUUCGACGAAAAUCAAGACCAACUUGUCUCUCUCCUCAACUUGCUCAUAUUUUUCUACCUAAGUUCUUAAGUGUCUUCAACAUAACAUACUCUUAUCUACAACAAGAAUCCCAAGACAAGACCUGACACCGGGUGUGGCAAGUGUCCAGUGGAGAAGUGAGCCGAGCAACAGCAUCAGCAGUAAGUUCGUGACGUGGACACCUUAUAUCUGGGUCAUCCCCGCCGCGAUCCUCGCGCCCUGCAGCUCAGCAUCCUGCGGUGUGCUUGCCAGCACCGCCCUGGCCUAAGUGUUACACAAGCGUGAGUCUGCUCCAGCUGACCUCCGCCAGCCAAGUGGCGACUCUCGUGACGCGCCCAACUUUCACGUGACGCAACGCGUGGGUUUCAUCACGGGGACAAGAGCAACUCUGCCUCUUAUACCCGGCCGCGCAGGACAGUGGCUCACUGCGGUGCCCAACCAGCAGGAGUCCACCACACACUCCGCACCGCACACUCUGCUUACUCCAUCAGGAAAGUGAAAGUAACAAGAGUGGUCAAGCCAGCCACGCCCCGUUCUUCACCCGAUAGAAGUGUGACACCAGAUUGAGAGUAACAGUCCUCCUCGACUUGAGUGUCAGUGAAGUUUGUCUAGAGGCGAAUCACGUUCCCGCCCAGUGUGACGCUCGGCUUAGCAGCACAGCCUCCCGCGUCGAGCCAGUAACUACAACCUGUGACAAUAGAAAGUGCCUUUAGCGUCAGCGCUGCCUGUAAAGCGCUCUGUCAGUGUCUGUGCAAGCAGUGCAGGGAGUGGAGUGUCCCUGGGAGGGAGGGAGUGAGAGUGAUAAGCGAAUUUUAUUGUGAGUGUCAGUGAUUUGUGUUAAACGUUUUCACCGAUACUCUAGUGAUAAAGUGUAACAACGAUGCCUGGAUUCCACGGCUCUAAAGUUGCUUUCCAACCGGAGAUGCAUAUGAUGCACACCCACCAGCGCUUGCGGGGUAAGGCUAGCCCUAUGGUGCACCCCAUGUUUGAUGCCCUCAGGAGCCGCCAUGCUCUGAAUAGGGCCGAUUACGUCCGCAUGAUGAAAAUGCGGGAACACGGGAAGAGGAUGGGUAUAGAUGGUGGAUAUCCCACGUUCGAUAGCCUGAAGCUACUAGGAUCCGAUAACGACGCCAACUAUCUGGAUGUGUUCAUGAGCAGGGGUGGCAGAAUGCGACACUCUGGUGACGAGAACGACUCGAGGCCACGAACCCGCAGCGUCUCCCACACCUCUAAAGCUAGCAGUAAGCGCAAUAGUGUCGACGUACAAAACAUUAAGAAGACUUUAUUGGGUAGUCUUCGUUCUACCGCCAGUGAAGAGAACCUCUACGAAUCUGUGGAAGUAAUUCAGUAUAGGAAAACUAUCGAGGCCAUAGCUCGUCAGAACAAAGUCCGUUCAGUGCCAAAGACGGGUCACCCUCUAUUCGACCACUUAAGGAUUGAGAACGUGCUGAAGCCUCGCCGUCAGCAGCAUUCUGGCGACCAUCAUCAACGCCGCAGCGAGGCUCACAACAGUGAUGGAGGCAGUAACUCACACAGUUCCUCAGGAUCUGGCGACGAGUUCGACUACAACAGAAAACCCAAUUGUCGCUUUUCUCGGCGCGAGGUGCUCAUGUGCUCCCAAGUGCCGGCACAGGCGCGCCACCAGAAACACUCCAGCAGACAGGUGGAAGCUGGAUCCGAAUCUGAUGACGACUGGGUCAUUCCACGACCCAAAAUCUGCAGCCGCAACCGACGGACGGGCGCCACCACCCUCAUGAACCCCCAGGAUGAGUCCGAUAGCUCAAGUAAGUCGACGGGUCUCCGGUGACGCCCGCAAUCCUCGCACCGCCCACGCUGUAACCGCCUG